UGACCAUUCGCAAUUCAACAACCCUGUCUUUGGGUCAGAUCUGGUCACUCUCGAACGCACGCUUACGCACAUGUUGAGCUUUCUGAGGAUUCCAGGCGCCGUGGCGUCGGCGGGACAGCUGCGCAUCCUGGCCGCCAAAACCGCCAGCAAUGUGACAACAAACCGAAGUGAGUCCACCAAGUCGCCGGCUGCAGAGCACUUUGAUAUAAUCAUCGGCGGCGGUGGACUUGUGGGAACCACUCUGGCCGCUGCCCUGGCCAAGAAUACCACUCUGGCGGACAAGCGGGUACUGCUGCUGGAGGGAGCACCAGAGUUCAAAGGAUUCGAUCCAGCGGGUCCCUACCAGAAUCGCGUAUCGGCCAUUAACAGCAACUCCAUCGAGCUCUUCAAAUCCAUAGAUGCCUGGUCGCACAUCGAGGCUGCUCGGUAUAAGCCUGUCAAGCAGAUGCAAGUUUGGGAGUCCAACACGGAAGCGUUGAUCCAGUUCCAGCACAACAACUUUGCCAGCGAUGUGGCCUGCAUGAUUGAGAACGAUUUGAUCCUGGAUGCGGUCUAUGCGCGCGUAAGGGAGGCUCCCAACGUGGAGAUUCUGAACAAGGCGAGGAUUCAAAGCGUCUGCCUGCCCAAGGACACCAAUGCCGCUAUUUCCGAGCUUCAGCUGCAGGAUGGGCGGAGCUUCUCCUGCGAUCUACUCAUCGGAGCGGAUGGUGCCAAUUCUGUGGUCCGAAAGGAGAUGAAUGUGGAUGUUUUCUCGCUGAAUUACGAUAGAAUGGGCCUGGUAGCCACCUUGGACUUGGGCGAAGACGCCUGCGACAACUCGGUGGCCUGGCAGAGGUUCCUGCCUAACGGACCGGUGGCUCUGCUGCCUCUUACCGACCGACUUAGCUCCCUGGUCUGGAGCACUACGAAUGAGCAGGCUAAGAUGUUGCAGUCGCUACCAGCUGAUGAAUUCGUAGAUGCGCUCAAUGAAGCCUUCUGCCGGCAGUAUCCACGCGUUGAGCUGGCCGACAAGGCUGUGCAGGCUUUGAACUCCUUGUUUGGCAACAAUUCCAGCCAGCAUCAAGUGCAGUAUCCACCGCGAGUUAUUGGCGUUCAAGACAAAUCGCGUGCCACCUUUCCGCUCGGCUUCCUGCACGCCUCCUCAUACGUUUGCAGUGGAGCAGCUCUUGUGGGUGAUGCCGCCCAUCGAGUGCAUCCUCUGGCUGGACAAGGAGUAAAUCUGGGCUUCAGCGAUGUUCGAUAUCUUGUGGAAUCCCUGGCAGCUGGAGCUUAUGCAGGAUUCAAGCUGGGCGACAAGCAGCAUCUAAUCAAAUACGAGCGCAAGUGCCUGACCAAAAAUGUACCCAUCAUGCUGGGCGUGCAUGGUCUUCAUACGCUCUACUCCACGCAGUUCAGCCCGGUGGUUCUACUCAGGAGUCUGGGACUGCAGCUGACACAGAAUCUGCCGCCCAUCAAGAACAUGUUCAUGAGGGGAGCAAUGGGUCAAUAAUAGAUUCGGUUUUGGAGACAAUAAAUAAAUGGUCAAAUAAAGGGGAAAUUAAAGCUUAAGUGUUUACAGUUUGCAGAGGAAUAAAGUGAUUUUAUAUCGAGGGUUUAAAACCUACUUAA